GUCACUACAGGAGCCUUCUCGACUUCUCCAUGUGGUCACUGAACAAUAUCGUGUUCUGUUCCUCUGUUUCAAGAAACAGUUGAAAAGCGAAGAUUUUUCGUGGAGAAUUGUCUUCGCAUAAAUUUGUUAGCGGAAGAUACAUCGAAAAUUCGUCUCUGUUUCAUUCUGAAACUGACAUUUUUUAACGUGGGUGUUCGAUUGUUCUCGGUCCGAGACCGUUCGUCUGACUUUGGAACGCUGUCGGACGGAAGAUGCAGGAAUCAUUUCGAGUUCUGCAACAAUCCGGCGGAGCGCUGGACCAUCGCCAGAACGCGACGUCGCACGCAGCUGAAGACUUCAGCAUUUCCGGCAGUAAGAGUCAUCACCAUCACCACAAGACGACAACGGCCACCGUGGUGGUUGACCUGUUGCCACCGGCGUACACAUCAGUUCUCGGGCACUCGCACCUCCAGGGGCCCCCAUCGUCACCCCAGAAGGGAAAAGUCGACACUUUGAUAGAUGGCAGUUCAGGCGGUGGCGGUGGUUCUUCAGCAGUCGCAGAGCAGAACAUCCGACGCUACCGAACGGCGUUCACACGUGAACAGUUGGGGCGGCUGGAGGAGGAAUUCUAUAAGGAGAACUAUGUGUCGCGGCCCCGUAGGUGCGAACUCGCGUCUCAACUCAAUUUGCCGGAAUCAACCAUUAAGGUGUGGUUCCAGAACCGACGAAUGAAGGACAAGCGACAGCGGAUGGCGAUGGCUUGGCCGUACGCCGUGUACACGGACCCCGUCUUCGCGGCCAGCAUCCUUCAAGCUGCUGCAGCCAGUGCGGGCGGAAUUCCUAGCAUCGCGGCUGCCGCCUACAGCCCCUACUCCUACUACCACCCGCUUCACCGCUACAACCCUUUCCCACCCCCAGUGCCACCCUCGCCGCUCCACCGGCCGCAACCCUACCUCUCCCACCGCCAAUCCUCUCCGCCGCCCCUCCUGACGACGUCUAACGCCGCGGUGCCCUCGCUGGGCGCCGAACUCAACCUCCCGAAUAUGCCGAUUCUGCGGCCGUCGGCGUUCCCCGUGCGUGGUUCCAGCCCCGCACAUUCGACCCGGUCGGAGAACAGCAGCCCGACGCUGAGCCCGCCCUCGGCCAACACCGACGAAGGCAACUGCGACGGAUCGCCAAGUUGCCGAUGCGGCAUCGUCAACUGCGUGACGGGAGACGGCAAGAACAGUGACUACAGUUCCUCCGCGCCACCCGCCUCCUUGAUCAUGACGACAGCGCUCAAGGGCCCCCACGCCGAGCCCCCCAAACUGUUUCAGCCCUACAAAUCGGACCUCACCGAACGCGCGUGAACCGUGAUGUGUGCAAUGCAAAGACCACGGUCCGACGACCAGGAACUCGACAAGAGGACCUUAAGGCAAAUAUGCACGGACACAAGUCGUGGCCUAAUUUAAGGUACUAUCCUAACAUUCAGCUGAUAAUGAAAUGAGCUGGUGUCCGAGGUGAGAUUUGAAAUCAUGGACCUCCGGAAUACGAAGCUGAAGUACUGACCAUUCCUCCACGACGUUCGCCAAUACGAAAGGAUUAUUUGCUCUUGUCGGGAAUCGAACCUCGUUAGCCCAGACUGUCCUUGUAGCCUAAAUAUUCUAUAGGCACAAAAUUUACUGUUGAACACACCUUCUCGCGGGCAUUAGACGGGAACUUUCUUGUUUAACCACAGACGUGGUGAACAAACCUGGUUUCAUGAUGCAGACAACAGAAUUACCAAGAAUAGAAAUGAUGCCUCAGUUCUGUAGACUGAACGGACAUCAGAAGGUCUACGCAAUUAGACAUACGUAGGCAUUUUAAAUGCUCCCAGAUAUCUUAAAUGGCCUGCCAUAUCAGCAAAAGUGUCUCCUUAAUUUAUUUAUCAGACCAAAACCCGCCCGAGAGAUAAAAACACCCAUCACAAUAUUUCAUUUUUAAACCGACACUUGGAAAAAAAAUUAAAAUACGUACUGAAUACGUCGACUGUACCUACAAACUAUUUAGAUUUUAAUUGAAUAAAAAUUUUCUUGGAUAUUAUCCAUCGUCUAGUAAAUAUAAAACGUAA